AUGGCGGGUGACAGUGACCUGUGGCCCUCCCUGAAAGGCAGCCAGAUUGCAGGCUCUGCUGGAACAGGACGGACGCGCGCCGAGGCCGGGGUGGGGCGGGGCCGGGCUGGCGCGGCCAGAGCUGAGCCUGCGGGGCGGCUCUCCUCACCCGCUGACUUCGUGUCCUUCCGAGCUCCGCCCCACACGGCCCGGGGGUGCCAGUCCCGCUGCCGCCGCCGCCGCCGCCCGCGCGCGGCACUCGGGAGCGUCCCUGCGCGCACUGGGCGCACCAUGGCCCGCGGGUCUGCGCUGGCGCUGCUGCUGCUCCUCGGCCUGCUCGGCGCUUUGGUGGCCGCCCCGGAUAAUGAUUUUGAUUUAUCCGAUGCCCUCGGUGACAAUGAAGACAAGAAACCCACAGCAACCCCCAAGAAGCCCAGUGCUGGGGAUGACUUCGACUUAACGGAUGCUCUUGGUGGUGGAGGACACAAUGACCCAGCCCCACCGAACCCACCCAAACCAAAGCCAAAUCCACACCCCAACCAGCCUAGUUCCACUGGAGGCUUUUCAGAUGCUGAUCUGGCGGAUGGUGUUCCUGGUGGAGAAGGAACAGCAGGCGGUCAUGGCGGAGGGAGCCAGGGGAAAGAAGGGGAGCAGGCCGAUGCCCCAGGCGUGAUCCCCGGGAUCGUGGGGGCCAUCGUGGUCGCCGUGGCCGGAGCCAUCUCCAGCUUCAUUGCUUACCAGAAAAAGAAGCUGUGCUUCAAAGAAAACGCAGAACAAGGGGAGGUGGACAUGGAGAGUCACCGGAACACCAGCGCAGAGCCAGCUGUUCAGCGUACUCUUUUAGAGAAGUAGAAGAUUGUCGGCGGAAACAGCCCAGCUGUUGGCAGCAGGGUUAGGACACCUACCGGAGGCUCCUCCCCAAAGAACACCUGCAUGAGAACAGAGACGGAGGCCUUCUGUUCAUGGCGGAUUCCUUGUUUUAAUCUUGCGAUGUUCUUUGCUUGUUGUUGCUGGGUGGAUGUUGUUUACUAACGCUGAAUUUUACAUCCAAACGGGGACAGGGACUUGGACCCCCAUUCUCCAAGACCCAGCGGGGUUUCCCAUGGGAUGUGAAAGGCUGGCCAUUAUUACGUCCCUAUAAGUCAAAUAACCCCACCGAGGCACCGUUGGCCGGAAUCUCGGUUGUUUACAAAUCAUGUGUGCAUUGAGCACAUCUGAAGCUCCCACGGUCGCUUUGACCUUUUUUUAAUUAAAAUAAGGUAAGCCCUUCAAUUUGUUUCUUCAGUAUUUCAUUUAUUUGCGAAGACAUUUCUUUUUCAUGUCAGACUAAUAAAAAGAAAUUAGAAACCAA